AUAUUUCUUUCAUGCCCAUUAAAAACGUUUUAACACAGCAUGGAGAAAAAUAAUUUGUGAAGAAUGAAAAAAAAACGAAAAAAAAAACCCAACCAAAAACAAUUAAGUGGUUCCGCCGCAUUUGUCUAAAAACAUCAACCAAUAACAUGGUCAAAGUCAAAGUCAGUUUUAUUGUCAAUUCUGCCACAUGUACAGGACAUACAGAGAAAUGAAAUUACGUUACUCUCAAACUCUCACUAGAUAGAAAAAUAGACAUUUAGUAUAAGAAGAGUAACCAAGUUCAGAGAGACUGUGGGGGAAAAGAGAAGAGAGGGGGAGAGCCGGGAGGGAGUUUAGCUUCCUAACUGCCUGAUGGAUAAAGCUGCCCUUGAGUCUGUUGGUCCCGGCCUUGAGACUCCGCAGCUCGAAGAGGCUUUGCAUUGGGUGAGUGAGAUCAGCCGCAAUGCGAAGGGCCUUUUUUGUGAGGCGGGUGCUGUAAAUGUCUUGUAGGGAGGGGAGAGAGACCCCAAUGAUCUUCUCUACUGCUCUCACUAUACGUUGGAGGGUUUUAAGGCAGGAAACGUUGCGGGCUCCGAACCACACAGUGAUGCCGCACGACAGGAUGCUCUCGAUGGUGCCUCUGUAAAAAGUGUACAGGAUGGGGGCUGGUGCUCUUGCUCUUCUUAGUUUGCGGAGGAAGAAGAGACGCUGCUGUGAUUUCCUAGCCAGUGCUAUGGUGAUGUUCGUCCAGGAGAGAUCCUCUGUAAUGUGCACACCCAGGAACUUGGUGCUGCUCACUCUCUCCACAGACACACCGUCGAUGGUCAGAGGAGCAUGCUGAGUGUGCGCUCUCCUAAAGUCCACAACAAUCUCCUUGGUCUUCUCCACAUUUAGAGAGAGGUUGUUGUCAGCACACCAUGUGGUAAGGCGGCUCACCUCGUUCUUAUAGUCGGUCUCAUCCCUGUGGUUUAUGAGACCCACCACUGUUGUGUCAUCCGCAAACUUGAUGAAGAGGUUAGAGCUGUGUAAUGGUGUACAGUCAUGGGUCAGCAGAGUGAAGAGGAGGGGGCUCAGCACACAUCCCUGAGGGGCCCCGGUGUUUGAAAUGAUGGUGCUGGAUGUGUUUCUGCCGACCCGUACUGCUUGUGGUCCUCCAUUGAGGAAGUCCAACAGCCAGUUACACAGUGAGGUGUUGAGACCCAGCUUGACCAGUUUUUGAGUAAGCUGUUGGGGGAUGAUGGUGCUGAACUAAAGUCUAUGAACAGCAUCCGGACAUAUGAGUCUUUUUUGUCCAGAUGUGUGAGUGCUGAGUGGAGUGCAGCGGAGAUGGCGUCAUCGGUCGAGCGGUUGGGCCGGUAUGCAAACUGGAAGGGGUCCAGGCAGGGGGGCAGAACAGACUUGAUGUGUUGCAUGACCAACCGUUCGAAGCACUUCAUAAGGAUGGGAGUAAGUGCAACAGGACGGUAGUCAUUAAAGCAGGAGGGAGAUGAUGUUUUUGGGACCGGAAUAAUUGAUGUGGCUUUAAAGCACGUGGGGACGACAGCCUGGAUAAGUGAUGUGUUGAAGAUGUCUGUGAAGACAUCAGUUAGUUCCACUGCACAGUCUCUCAGUGCCCGGCCAGGAAUAUUAUCAGGACCCAGAGCUUUACGUGCAUUGAUCCUGCUAAGGGAUCUCCUUACGCUGUCUGGGGACAGAGUCAUCAACUGGUCACCAGGAGGAGGUGGAAUCUUCUGUGCUGUGGUACUGUUUUGCACUUCAAAGCAAGCAAAAAAGGUGUUCAGCUCGUUCAGCAGGGAGAUGGUGCUAUCACAGGUCUGUGGAGGGGGCUUGUAAUCUAUGAUGGUCUGAAUGCCCCGCCACAAGCUUCGUGUGUCUCUGCUGUCUUUGAAGUGUUGGGAUAUUGUCCUGGAGUACUGUCUCUUAGCCUCUCUGAUACCACGGGAAAGGUUGGCCCUAGCUGUCCUCAGGCUCAUCUCGUCUCCUUUCCUGAACGCAAUAUCCUGCUCCUUCAGCAGCCUGUGGACCUCUCCUGUCAUCCAUGGUUUUUGAUUUGCAAAAAUCAAAAACCAUUCGUGGUCCGGCGCGAAACCAAUGACUGGAUAGUCUCUCCAGCCAUACGGACUUCCGCAUUUAUUCUGCCUCUGUGCUCCUGAUAAACUGGGACAUAUUGCAACACACCACUGCUGGGAGCAUUUGCAGAUUUAGAAUGUCACAGCAGGAAAAACAGCUGCCGGCUGGUUCCACGUCAGGUUCAGGGCCAAGUUCCAAACUUGGAAAAAGAAAAAACCCAUUUGAGGUUUUAGAAAACAAACAACGUUUGGACAUAGAAAGAGGGAAAAACCAGAGUAAACAUUGGUGUUGAGUUUCAGCGAUGGCAAAAACUACGUGAGUUGGAGAGACUGAAAACCGAUGCUAUGGUGGCUACUUUGUUGUUGGACAGGGAUUUAUGUCUUCUUCUCAUCAACACUUAUCAUCAUGAAGUCCUUGUUCAUUUGUUAGGUACAAUCCUCAAACUUGAUGGGGUUUUUUUGCACGACUGUCUGCUCUUUAUAUAAUGUUAGCCUGAUUAGCACUGAAUGUUAAUGCUACAUUAGCACAUUUCGGUACGUAAUGUACCGCUUAGUAUGAUUUCUAGAAGGUUCAACUUCUGGCAAACAGAUCGUCACUGUAAUUGUAUGAUACCAUGUCAGUUUCUUUUUAUGUAACAAUUGUCAGAUCGAUCGGAGAACAGUUGUGUUGAAAUCGUGGAAUCCGCUUUGUUUUAUUAUACCACGGUCUGGUGUCUAAAUGCACAAAUUCUUUUGAGCAGUCCCGAAAGAAUAUAAAAAUCAGGCAAUUCAAUGACAAAAGUAACAGGACAACUCUUCUAAAGUUUUGACAGUCAGAAGGCCAACGUAUUACACUUUUUUUUCCUGGCUGUUCUUUGAGAUUAUAGUUAAAGUUGUUAGAACACCCCCCCCCCCUUUUUUUUUAAACAUAUCUGUCCGUCUGCUUCAGUCUCCCUUACUCUUACUCCCAUACUUUAUCCUUUCAUUCAGUAAAAUAUAUCCUCCACAAUAAGUUGUGAUGUUUUUUUUAUUUUCAUAAAUAAAUAUCAGAGGUAUCAGCAGAAAGUCUGGUUGUAUUAUAUACGAUUAAUAAUAAAGUUUUUACACAUCUGGAGUGAAGACUGACGGGAAAAAAAUAGUAAUGACAGAAACAAAUGGACAACAGAUCCUGCAGUCAUGCUUAAAAUCCAAACUUACAGAGAACCCUGUUCAUAUUGACAUGUUUUAUUUAAAAAUAAAUACACAAUGAAGUACAUAGGGUACUAUUUGGCGUAAAAACUUGACGUCAUAAGGGUUAAGAGCCUGUUAUUUAAAAAUCAUUAUUAAUUGUCUAAAGUAUAAGACUCCGAAUAAUGAUAUUGUUCAAUUCACAGCGUGGAAAACUUCGGUAUCCCUGGAGUUGAGGAGAUGGACCUUCAGAGCUGUACUUUGUCUGCAGUCACCAACAUUGAAGGAAGUUGAUACGAUGCAGGAGGAGGUCAAUAUAGCUGAAUUCAAAGACCUUAAAAACUCCAUAAUUGACUGGGAUGAAGAAACGUGGCACCCCGGGCUUGAGAGUGACCCUGAGUCAUCUUACGAAGAAGAUAAAACCAAUGAAGUGGAACCUGAAAACAGUGACAGUGAGGAUGAAGAUUUUGAACCACCAAUUUGUGUGCGGAAUGGAGCUAAUCUCAAAACCAAAAUUGAGAUGCAUCAAAUUCCAACAAUCAGCCUUGAGGACACAGUGCAUGACAUUUUGGAGAAUCAAGAGGAGUCGCCACACAUAGAAAUUUCUGCUGUCCCUGAACCACUAAAGGUUGAAGUUGAAGAUCUGAUUGGACAUUCAGCCUCAAUAACUUACCAAAGUAGUCUAAAACAACUGGUUGACUAUCUAAUUCUACCCGUGAGUCACUGCCUUGCCAAGAACCAUCAAACAAAAAAAGAGUGCAUGGCAUCAAAACCAUUUGACAUCCAGAUCAACUCCAGAGGCGAAGCUUUUGUUAUCGAAUGGUUAUGUCCUAACGGCCACACCGUUUGGAAGUGGACUUCUCAGCUAACAUUACAAUAUGGAUUGUUGGCAGGGGAUUUUAUGUUGGCUUGCAACAUCUGUCUGCAAACAACUUCGCCAAGAUGGCCCUACUUUUGAAGUUCACGAAUAUAGGAAUGGUUGGUCCUAACAAUUUCUUAAAGAUUCAAGAUGCAUAU